UGGACUCUUGAGUGUGCAUAUACUAUGUAAAACGCCACACGCAGACACUUCCGCAUCACGAAAGGAUCAGCAGCACCUUCACGUUUACUCCAAUGCUCCGGCUCCAGAUCCUGACUUGCUUGUGAUAUCAAUUGCUCCCCGAUUCGCCGACAUCCCGUCGAGUCGCCAUCUCAGUUAGCUCUAGCCCCAUAGGCUUCGGUCUGCUUCUGCCAAAAGCGACCCCUGAAGACCAGUCAUUGCAUCGGACUCGCCGACAGCGCUCUUAGGAUUGUGUUGGCAGCAAGGGAGAAAAACCGUACAAUUACCUCACUACAGCCGAGCCACCCAGGUAGUACCUUUCUGGAUACACCACGUCAAGCACCCAUUUCCAAAAACAAGUGGCCAGCUCGCCGUCCUCAAUCUCGAACCAAUCGGCCCAAACCCCGAGCCGAGGGCCCCGAGUCACACCAUAAGCCGGUGCUGAGUUUAAGCCGAGGCGCCUGCAAAAUCCCCAAUUCGGUAAGUCGCAGCACGCGCAACCGCGGGCCGCCGGCCAGUCAAGAGAUUUCGGCCAGGGCGGGAGUCUAAAAGGUUGAGCAGCAAGCAGCAGCAGCAGCAGCAGCAUCAAAUAUUUGCAUCACAGCAAAGCCUGCCAUCCAGACCAAGAUGCCGUCAACAGAAAUUUCAAGGUCCAAAUUCGACUCGAUCCCAGAUGUGAUCGAGGCCUACAGGAACGGCGAGUUCGUCGUGGUGCUCGACGACCCGUCGCGCGAGAACGAGGCGGACCUGACAAUAGCCGCCGAGGACGUGACGGCGGAGCAGAUGGCCUUUUUGGUGCGGCACUCGUCCGGGCUCGUGUGCGCGCCCAUCCUCCCGGGCCGGACCGAGCAGCUGUCGCUGCCGCAGAUGGUGGAGCGCACCGAGGACGUGCGCGGGACCGCCUACACCAUCUCGGUCGACGCGCGCGACCCCUCGGUCGCCACGGGCAUCAGCGCCCAGGACCGCGCCCUGGCCUGCCGCCUGCUCGCCGACCCGGCCUCGACCGCCGCCAGCUUCCGCCGCCCGGGCCACGUGUUCCCGCUCCGCGCCGACGAGGGCGGCGUCCGCGCCCGCAGGGGCCACACCGAGGCCGCCAUCGACCUCUGCCGCCUCGCCGGCAAGCGGCCCGCCGCCGUCAUCAGUGAGCUCGUCGACGACGGCGCGGAGGUCGCCGGACGCGCCCUGCGCGAGGCCCCCGGCAUGCUGCGCGGCGAGGCCUGCGUGGACUUUGCGCGCAGGUGGGGGCUCCGCGUCUGCACCAUCGAGGACAUGAUCGCCUACCUGAACAAGACCGAGGGGACCGUCACCACCAAUGGCUCGUCCUAGGCUGGUGCUUUGUGCUUUUUGCCUCUUUUUUUUCUUUCCUUGGAUAUCACACAUCCGUCACUCUCCCUUGCCUCCUAUACAUCCAACUUCCCCUUCCUGCGAUUCUCUGUGGGCUUCUAGAAUGGGAAAACCAACUGGCCGGCGUUUCCACAACACAACCAAAAGAAAAGAAAGCAGCAACAAUAGGGCCGAUAUGUGAGAGUCAGAUAGGCCAUGCCGCAAGGCUUGCAUGGAGCGUGAAAUAUCGGGUUAGCCUGGAGACAUACUAUAUUUUUCCUUUUGCUUCCUUGCGACCUUGAAACGCCAUCUCCCAUCAGUUUGUCUUCUUUUAUACAGAUCCCUGGGCAAUUGCCACCAGAGGGAUCUGCCCGCACAUAUCACAGGAUCUAUAUCCUCUGCUAAACUUUGCCAAUUGCAGUAUGUUCCUCUUCUUUUGUAUAAACUGACCUCUGUCUUCCACCCCGCGACGUGACCCUGCUGUGAGUGGUGAUGCUGCUGGGUGGGGCUUUCGCACUUAUCUUAUCA